GGUUUGUUUUCCAUGGACGGCUAUAAAUCCCUCCGAUUUGGUUCCUCUCGUUCGCUUCCUCCGCUCAUCGCCAUCCUUCUUCUCCUUCUCUCCCUCUCUGUCUCUCUCUUCCUGUUCUGUGCUCAGCAAUGGCUUCCUUAAGGAUGGUGGACUCGAGGGUGGGGGAUCUGGAUGGCGUCCUGAAGGAGCUUCGGUCACAGAAGUCCGACCGGAAGUUCCUCCUCUUCCUCGCUGACAUCGAUCCCUCCACCUCCCGCAGCUGGUGUCCCGAUUGCGUGAGGGCCGAACCCGUCAUCUACCAGAAACUGGAGGCCUUCUCCGGCGACGUCACCCUCGUCAGGGCCUACGUCGGGGACAGGCCGACGUGGCGCAAUCCAAGACAUCCCUGGAGGACCGAUGAUCGGUUCAAGCUGAGAGGGGUUCCUACCCUCAUGCGUUUGGACGAAGAUGGUGCCAUCGCCGGCCGCCUCGAGGACCAUGAGGCUCAUCUGGAACGCCAGAUCGACGAACUCAUCCGUUGACCGCUCAGCAGCGUCCUCCCUUUCUCCCUUCGUGUGAGGGGCGACCGGACCUGUAAACGUUCUUACAAUACUUUCUGCCAUGUCUCUCUUUUUCUCUUGCCUCGCUCUUUCUACGCUAUUUCCGACUCUGUUUCCUUCUUCCUUUCCGUUUACCAACUCAUCUGUGGAAUCGAGGCAUCUGUGGAAUCGGGGCUUCCUAUCAUGUUCUUGAAGCCGUAGACAAAUUUAAGAUAUAAUGAUUACAGAUAGAUGCUUUCUUGAAA